GUUUUUAAUAUAAAAUCCAUAAAAACUGGUUCAACCAAAUGGAAGUAAAACAAGAAUUUAGUGAAAACACACUUAAAGCAGAAGUAGAUAUAUAUUAUAAUAAGGUGAAUGAUGCUCCUUUAGAUGGCUUUAAAACUGAAAUCAAAGAGGAGGCUAAUAGAGAAACACAUGAUGAAUUUGAUUCUUUGGACCAACAGGAAUUCCCCAUAAAGACUGAAUUAGAUCAUGAGAAUAAACUUGUCUCAUUUGAAGAAAAGCAAACAAAUGAAAAUGGUGUUCCCCAAGUGGACAACACAUUGGAACUGAUGAAAACAGUGUAUGUAGAUAAUAAAAAACAACAUACAAGUCAUCCUAUUCAAGAAACAAUAUUCAAUUGUGAAAUUUGCAGUAAACAGUUUUCUAAAAAAAAGUACUUUAAUCAACAUCUAAAAAGACACACUGGGGAGAAAGCUUAUACAUGUCAAAUAUGUUUUAAGCAGCUUGUUCAUAAAAGUGCCUUAAAUGUACACAUGAAAGUUCACACUGGAGAAAAACCCUAUAAGUGUGAAAUUUGUUUUAAGCAGUUUUCUCAGGCAGGUAGUUUAAAGCAACAUAUAAGAAUGCAUACCGGGGAAAAACCUUACAAGUGCGAAAUUUGUUCCAAGUCAUUCUCUCAGGUAAAUUCUUUGAAACAACACAUGAUAUUGCACACUGGAGAAAAACCCUAUAAGUGUGAAAUCUGUUUUAAACAAUUUUUUCAGAGAGAUAGUUUAGCAAAACAUGUAAAAAUUCACACUGGGGGAAAUAAAUGUGACAUUUGUCAUAAGGAAUUUGCUCAGGCUUGUCAUUUGAAGCAACAUAUGAUAAUGCAUACUGGAGAAAAACCUUAUAAGUGUAACAUUUGUUUUAAGAUGUUUUCUCAGUCAAUUUCUUUAAAACACCAUACGAUGUUGCACACUGGAGAGGAACCUUAUAAGUGUGAAAUUUGUUUUAAGCCCUUUUUUCGGAUGUGCACUUUCAACAAACAUCUGAAAGUUCACACUGAAAACAGUCCGAAUAGAUGUCAAAUUUGUUUCAAGCAAUUUUCCCAGGCAGAUACUUUGGAACGCCAUAUGAAAAUUCACAGUGAAGAAAAUACUAAUAGAUGUCAGGUUUGUUUUAAGCAACUUGCCCAUAAAAAAUCAUUAAAAAAACACAUGAAAAUGCACACCAUUUUAAGCCCUUUUUUCAGAUAGGCACUUUCAACAAACAUAUGAAAGUUCACACUGAAAACAGUCCUAAUAGAUGUCAAAUUUGUUUCAAGCAAUUUUCUCACGCAGAUGCUUUGGAACGCCAUAUGAAAAUUCACAGUGAAGAAAAUACUAAUAGAUGUGAGGUUUGUUUUAAGCAACUUGCCCAUAAAAGAUCAUUAAGAAAACACACAUGAAAAUUCACAGAGGAGAAAAACCUUACAAGUGCGAAAUUUGUUUGAAGGAAUUUAUUGGUGCACAUAAUUUAAGAGAACAUACAAGAAUACAUACUGGAGAAAAACCUUACAAGUGUAAAACUUAUUUUAGGGUGUUUUCUAGAUCAAGUAACCUAAAAAAGCAUGAAAUGACACUCCUUAGCAAAAUCUUACAAGUGUAAAAUACAUUUUAAGAAUAUAAUAAGAUCAACCUUGAUUAAGGUUGUUGGGGUACCCAUUUACAAAGUGGGUACCCAAAAUGAAACAAGUUCUAGAUAUUUUAAUACUUAUUUUAUUUUUACGCACAACAGGCCGUUAAGGCCUAGGGCAUUUUAUUUACAACAUAAUCCUAAUAUUAACUAAUUACAAUUAUUUUAAACAAAACUUGUAACUUAAAUAUGUAUAUAUUACAUUCUUAACUACUCUGAAGGACCUGGUGUACAAUAUUUCUCCAUUCGCUUCUGUUUCACCUUCCCACAGUCCCUCACCUUCACGUGUUUAAGGUCUUCCUCCGCUUUACUAAUCCACCUCGUUCUGGGUCUACCUUUUCUUUUGGGGCCGAUUAAUUUUCUGGAUAUUACUAGUUUAGGCAUUCUAAUAGGUAAAGAAAUAAUAAUAAGACUUACUCACAAUCAAUUUAAUUUAACAAUCAGACGACCGGUUUCGCUUUCUACAAUUUGCAAAGCAUCUUCAGGUCUAGAUACAAAGUUAAACUAAUGCUGCAAUAAAAUAAACCCAAUUAGGGUGGUGUCUAAUAAAGAUAAAAUAAACAAAUAAGUUAGUUCAUACAAAUUAUAGUAAUUAUGCCAAUAUUACAUGUCUGUGGUUUUCAAAAUGAAUAAAUUUGAAUAUAUAAAAGGUAUUAACAGACAAGGUAAGACCCACAAUUGGUAUAAAGUAGUAAUAUUAUAUUGUUAUAAAUUAAUAAAUGAGCAGAUAAAUAAAACAAAACAAACAUUACUUACAUGCCGGUACUCUAUUAAUUGAUGGAUGGUAGGUCAUGGUUGCAAAAAUCAUGUAUUGUUGAUUGGAGAACUUUAAUGUGCUAUUGCAGUUGUUUUGACAAUAAACGGGAAGUUCUUGAGGAGAACAGAUUUGAUCCAAUGAAUUAGAGAUAGGUAUAUUGUGGUUGUUUGUCAAAUGAAAGUGAUGUUCUUUACUAUUGUAUUAUUUAAAUUAUUUACACUUAUAUCAGAGAUAUAUUUUUGGAAUGUGUGUUGUUUAUUGAGUAUUUAUGUUAUGAAGGAGACAGUUUUAUGACAAUGAAUAAGAGUAGCUGUACCGAUUGUGUGGUUGUGCAAUUAUUUUGACUUGUAAUUAUCAAGUCUAUUGGCAAAAUUAAUCAAUUAUUGUAAAGUCAAGUAUAUAAAAAGUAUAUAAAAUGAUUACAAAUUAAGACAAUCAGGGACAAAUUAAACACACAUUAACAUGAACAGAAGGCAUUUAGGCAUUCUGUUUGCAGCCAUUCUUUCCACGUGACCCAACCAUCUGAUUCUUUGUGCUUUGACGAACUUGGUAGGUUCUUUGUAUAAGGCCAUUAAUUCAUUGUUGGUUCUUCUUUCCCAGCCAUCAUCUGUCUUCCGUCCUCCGAAUAUGCGUCUCAAUAUUUUCCUUUCCCAUCUUUCCAGAGUAUCCUCUUCCUUCUUAUUUAAUGUCCAUGUCUCACCAGCAUAUAUUACUGUGGGUUGAAUUACUGUUUUAUAUAUUCUGAGUUUACCUUGUCUAGAAACGUAUUUUGAGUUCAGUAGGGCUCUUAAACCACCCAAUGUUUUAUUCCCUUUUGCUAUUCUGGCUUCGAGCUCCCAUUUCUCUUUUCCAUUUUUAUCGAAAACUACACCCAGGUAUUAAAUUUGUCCACCCUUUGAAAACUAUAGCUUUUACCACUUACUGACCUCACACUAAAGUCUUCUUUUUUCCCUUCUGUUCCUCCCAUGAUCAUAUAUUUGGUUUUGUCUUCAUUUAGUUCCAAUCCGAAUUUCUGUGCUUCUUCGAUGGUUUUCUUCACAACUCUUCUUAAUUCUUUCUCGGAUUUUGCUAGGAUCGUUAGAUCAUCAGCAAAUGUCAAGCACUGGUGCUCAUUUUUCAUGAUCGUUUCUUCCACCUUUAUGAUGCAUUCUCUGAUUACAGUUUCUAAUACUAAGUUGAAUAAUGUAGUGGAUAAAGGAUCUCUCUGUCUCUGAAUUGAUCUGAAUGUGAAUGAUCUGAAGGAUCUGAAUUGAUCUGAUAUGUGACCCUGUCAAGCAAUUUCACACGUACAGUUAUUAAGUGUCAUUUUAACUAGUCGGAUUAGUUUCUUUGGUAUACCCAAUUGUUCCAUUGCUCGAUACAUUUUGACUCUAUCGACUCUAUCAUAUACUUGUCUAAAAUCCACAAACAAAACAUGCAGGGGAACUUUACCUUCAUAACAAGUCGUUUGUAUCUCCUUUAAUGAGAAGAUUGGGUCUACAGUAGAUCUGUCUUUUCUAAAGCCGGCCUGAUAUUCAUGCAGGAUUCUUUCCGUGUAACAAUUUAGUUUAUUUCUCAAUAUUCCUGCCAAGAUUUUGUAUACUGUAUCUAAUAAGGCUAUACCUCUAUAGUUCUCACACUUUAGUUUGUCUCCUUUUUUAUGCAGAGGGCAUAUGCGGGCCUCAUACCACUCCGAUGGCAUUACUUCCUUUUCCCAUACUUGCACUAGUAGCUAAUAUAUUUUUCUUUGUAGUUGUUCUCCACCAAACUUGAUCAUUUCUAUGCAUAUGUCAUUUUUACCAGGACUUCUGUUAUUUUUCAUUUCUUGUAUUGCUGUCACCACCUCUUCCUCUGUAGGCUGCCUUUCAACUAUCGCAUCUUCUCCAACUGUCCGGUUGUCUACUGCUUCGUGGUCCCCCUCACCAUUUAAUAAUUCUUCAAAAUGUUUUUUCCAUUCCGUCAUUAUUUCUGCCGGAUCGCUAAUUAAAUUUCCGUCUUUACCUUUCAUAUAACUACAGUGGCUUUGGUAACCUUUUCCUAUCUUUUUAACUUCUUGAUAGAACGACCUCACCUCUUUGUUUUUAAACUUCUCUUCUAUCUCUUUUAAUUCUUAUUUUAGAUUUAUAAGAGAUUUUAAUCCUAAUGUUAUCAAAAAAUAUAUUUUUUGCUAAUAAAGUAGUUUGUUUGUUAGAGAUAUUCAGAGUGAACUUGUACAAGUUUGUUUAUUUAAGUCACUCUUUGAACAAGUACUAAAACCACAAGAUUGAUAAUUCAUCCAUUUUACACCAAUUAUUAGCACUUACAAUUAUAACAGAAGUUAUUUAAUUUGUUUAUCUCAAAUUAAGAAGUCAGAAAAUAAUGAAUUUAUAGUAAUUUUAUGGAUAGCCUUACGAAAGAAGAACAUUUAUUAUAUCAAUAUUAUUUAAAAAAAAAUUACAUAUUCCAAAAUCAUUUUGCAAAACAUGUAGAUUUUUUUCUGAUAAACAUUUAUAAUAAGUUAUAUUAUUAGAAUAACUUUAAACAUUGUCUGUAGGAAUUUUUUUUUCAUGUUAGGAAGGCUUGCAUUUCACCCAAAUUUAAAAAAAGAUUAUCCUAGGACAAUUUGGGACGAAGUUAGUCCCUUUUUUUAAAUCCUCAUCAGCUUUGUUUAUAACAAGAAAUCCAAUUAGUGUCAUUUGAAAGAAUAUACUUCAAAGUUUUAAUGUGCCAAAGUCAAAAAAUUUUACCUUCUUCUGAAACAGAAUCAUUCAAAAUCGACUUUAAAACUUGCCGGAGUAAUGGAGGGGAAAGGAGCUGUAAAAUAUACAUCUGGUUCUUAUUUAUGUGUAGUUUUUAUGGAUUUCGAUGUUUCUUUUUUUAAUUUGUAUGUACUUUUUGCGUAUACCAUGAAUAUGCAUUAUUUAAAUAAAUACUUUGUU